GUCAUCACUUCCGUAAAACGAGAACUUAUGUUUAUUCUUUGUACCAAUUAGCUUCUGCUAGCUGAAAGCGGUGCACAUUAAAACCAACAGCAAGCUAACCGUUGGCUGCAGUUCGUGUACAGGCAGCGGCUUCAGCAAUGGCCUGUUUCGGUUAGCUAAUGUGACUGAGUUACAGACACUUUUCCCGCUUUAAAGUUACGGCUUAGCUGCCACUUUGUUGUUGUUUUUGUUUGUUUUUUAACGAUGCUGAGCAGCGUUGCUUUGCGGGCUCAGAUUGCCUCCAUUAUCGAUGUUCUGUCCAAAGCAGCUGUGGCAGAAAUCGCCAAAGUUGUGGAGGAUGGCGUGGUGGAGUUGCGGCUGGAAAUGUGUCAGCGUGAAAAUGACAUCAAGAAGCUGAAGAGUAAUAUUGAGGUUCUGCACGACGAGCUGAGAUCACUGCAGGAGAGAGUGACCCUGCGACCUGAUAGUCAGAGCAGAGAUGAUCGUCAGAAUGAUGUUGGUGAUGAGAGGAGCUUGCUUGAGCAGGGGCCCGCUGAUAAGGACCCAAACAUCCUGUCCAUACCUGGGGUGCAGGUGAAAUGCGAACCUGUGGAGGAAGGAAGUGAAGAGGCCAGAGAAGAAGAACUGGGCUCGUAUGACAGGGACAGUGCCCAGUGGAGGUUGACAACACAAACUCCGACAGGAUGCAACAAUUCCGACUAUUUAAGCCUAGGGCAGAACCCUGUGUCGUGUCUCACUGAAUCUUCUCUGGACACGGGACUGGCGGCGCCCUUUAGCAGCUCGUCUGGGUGUCAGCAGAGCGCGUUUGGCCGCGGGCUGCUGGGUUACAGUCCGUACCGUAACUCGUACAACAUGGUGCGGAGGAGGACGGCGAAGAGGUUAAUGUUCAAGAAGGGCUUCAUCUGUCCAUACUGCGGUAAAUGUUUCGAGCGAGCCGGGCACCUGGAGAGGCAUAAAAGGAUUCACACUGGCGAGAAACCUUACCGCUGCGAGAUAUGCGGGAGACGCUUCAAUCAGAAAUGCAGCCUAAAGGAGCACAUGAAGAUCCACAGAAGAUGUAUUGAGCCCAGUCCACUCCACAUCAAAGUGGGCAAAGAGAAACAGACUCCCGAGGGGAACCCAUGUGCCGAUACUCGUCGCACGGAAGAAGAGAGCCAGGGGGACGCUGAGGACGGCCUACCUAAGAACGAGGAUAAUCUUACAACACCCUUACACGUCAAAUCUGAGCCCGCAGAGGACAACCUAUUACAACCGGCGUUUCACGGAGAAACAGAGCGGAUGGGGGACAACCUCAGUGAAAACUUCACAACAUUUGAGAGAGACAGCCAGCAGUGGUUGACCAGAUUACACGGGCAAAACCACGCGGAGAUCAGCGGUGCAGAGUAUCUGGGCGCCUCGGCCUUCCCGGGGAUAGCUCAGUUACUGCCGCCGCCAGUCGAAGCUUCUUGUAGCACGUUCUCCUUUCCAGGGAAAUCGUACGGGGAACUCAAACGCAGCGCGGUCUCCCAAACACCUUACGGGUCCCCAGACAUGGUUCCAUCAAGCGAGGCGGGCUUGCACGGAAUGGCGGCAGCCGGGCUGAGUCACCCCAGACCUGGAACCAGGUCGAUUCAGAUGAUCAAACCAAAGAAAAGCUUUGUCUGCUCGUACUGCGGCAAGGUCUUUGAGCGCGUCGGCCACCUCGACAGACACUUACGAAUUCAUACCGGGGAGAAGCCGUACGGUUGCCAUAUCUGCGGGAGGUGCUUCAAUCAGAAGAGUAGCCUCAAGGGCCACAUGAAGACGCACAGGAACGGGGACAUCGCAGAUGUGCCGGAGGCCCAUCACCUGAUGUUUACGAUGCCUGAUAGCCAGCCGUUGAAGAACCUGGCAGAAGCCAAGACCGGACUGGCAGCUUUAGAGGAACAGUUCCUGGGCACCACGUACGGCGAGGCAGCUGCUGAGCAAACAGUGAUGGUCAAGCUGGAGCCAAACGGGGAGGAUUUCCAAACUCUAUUGACUGAUAACGGCACCGGAGCACCCGGGCACAGGCAGCAGUGGACAUCUGGGAUAGAGAAGAGUAGUGAUCCUGACCAAACGGUCUCCGUGCUUUUACAGGAUGCCAAGUAUCACCUCAGUCCCGCUGCUGGAGCAGCCAACGGGCAGCAGGGAUUUACAUCGUCAAUAAGGGAUCUGCCUCUUGUAGACAACAAAGAAAAGAAAGAAACGGUGCACAAUAAUCAGUAUUCUAUGAUGGGUAUGCAAUCAAGAAGCUCUGAUAUGGCUCUGGCACCUGAGCUGCAAGAUCAACAUAUUGCACCAGAUGCAGCUGUGAAUGAGUACACGGCACUGAGUGAUAGGUCUCGCGAGGGAGGUGUGUUUGAAUUUAAUAUAAGCGCCUCAGGCAACCAGGCGGACAACUGUGACAGGCAAAAUUGCUUUAUAUGCUCGAGUUGUGGGCAAAGCUUUGAUAGCUUUAAUUUAUUUCAGAGGCACCAGUGUAAAAGUAUCACAGAGCAGUCCUUCAGCUGUGAUAUAUGUGGGAAGAUUUUCAAUCAGAUGAGCAUCCUGAAAUUGCACCUUAAACUUCAUGUAUGAUAUACACAACAAAAGGAGAACUACACGAUUCUCCACCAAGCUUCUUCACAUUCAAUCACAGUAUAGCACAUGGCAAAGUGCCCGUGUGACAUCUCAAUAAAUGCUCCGCAUGUCCCAAAAGUUAAUGCAGAAGAAAAAUAGUUUUCUAUUUGUAGUAUUGAUUAAUUACAAUCUUCUUCGCAGUAGGGCCAGUCCGUCACAUUUCCAGUACAACAUGUACUUUGCACAAAAUCUUUUACUUUUACUUUGACCUACUUCUUCUCCUAAUGUAUAAAAAAAAAUGUUUCAAGUUGAUCAAUCAUUGUUGGGUGUUUGACUGUUGAUCCUUGCAUGCUUAAGCUUGAUUUUACGCUUCUGCGUGUGUGGUAGAGCGAGUGAGAGAGUGACGGUGAUUAGCUUCGGAGUGAGUACCAACUCUAGAUUCAUAGGGUGACAAACAAAGUGUCUCCCCUGUUCUUUCUGACCAUGGUGGGACAUCUGUAGGAGAAAAAGUCAUCCCUCUCCCGGACUUCAUGUCGUUUAUGGAGAAGGAGAACCAGGAAUUGAGUCAGGGGGAAUGCAACGCUGCCAAGCCAUGGCAGAGAGCAGCAGGUCAGGCUACAACAUAGGGUCCGGCGUAGCGUCCGCAUCUCCACCACCUUACAUACUGUACGUGACCAUGGCGUAGACGUAACGCAGAAGCAUAAGUCACGCUUUAAAACUGGCCAGGUCUAGGCUUUGAAAUGACUUUAAUUUACUUUUGGCGUCGUGCUGGCAACAAUUCCAAAACAAUCUUCUUGGGACCAUUUAACCAUUAAUCGAAUAAGAAUUUUGUAUAAAAAGGCUGAUAAAUCUCAAUGAACGGUUACCAUGAAAAGAUACAGCAACACAAUUUUCUGUUCACGUGAACGGGGAAUGUUGAUAGAGACGGUCUCUGCUACUGGAGGAGCAGAAGAACUUGAAAAGCUGUGAGCGGCAGUUGGUAGUUGAGUUACCUGAGAAAAGGGGGCUUUGAGCCGGGGACAGGGCACCAUGAGCUGCCGCUCAUUUCUGCUGACAUUAUGGUUAGGUUUUGCCAACAAAAAGUGAGCAUUACGCUGCACCAAAACAACUAGUCAAGUUUAGGAAAAAGAUCGUGGUUUGGAUUAGAACAAUGCCAAGGAACACGCUUUUCCAGGGUUAAAGUCCUUUGUUUCUCCCGGGAAAGCAAAAUCCACUCACCAGCUUGAACAUGCAGCUUUUUAUGACAGUUCAUUAAGUAUUGAAUGGAAAGCAUAUAUAUAUAUAUAUAUA